AUGUUAUCUACGAGCCUCUCAACUCCGUCGCUCGAUUUGAACCGCGCUCCAGUCGGCCACGGGCAACGCGUCCUUAUGCAUAACCCAAAUGAGUCGUACAUUGAGCAGCACGAGAAAAAGCUUGAAAUGAUGGGUGCCUCUGCUAAGGAGGUGCUUGCUCAGGCCACUCAGAGCAUUAGCGAUCAUUUGUCGUCCAUUAUGAGCGCAGCUCUUCUGCAGCUGAAGUCCGACAUAGCUAAUCGGAAAAUGUAUGUCAUGUUUGAGGAACUUCUUCACUGUGAUGUCCGAACCGACCACACGCAGGCCCGGUCUGUCUUGCCUAUCUUCGAGCCAUUCAUCGAUAAGGCUGAAUCCUUUUUGCAAUCUUCGUUUUACCACUUCAUUAAAAAAGAAGUUGAGUAUUGUGUCGUGGAUUGUAUUUCAAAACACAUUCAGGAACAUGAAAGCGAUAUGUCAAAGAUUUUUGAUCUCACGGUAGCCUUUGCACAAUCACAGUUAAUGAACAACAUAAACGAAUUAGCCAAAAAGUCUGUGGUCGACGCUAAAUUGGCAGAGAAGACUAACUUUUUAACAGAGAUUGUACGACUGAAGGAGAUGCUCUUUCAGAAACAAAAGAUUGGAGAUAUGUAUCUGGCAGAAACAGAGAAGUCUAAGAGGCUCUUGUUGAAGCUCAUGCGUAGUGAUUAUGUUGAGUAUGGGCAAACCUUGCAUCUCAAAGACAUACUACUUAGAGGCUCCGAGAAAAAGAGGGAGAUAGAGGAGGCUGUAUCCGCCAUAGAGCUUGAGAAAACGGCCAAGGAAAGUCAGCAGCGAUUGCAAAUGUUGGCCGGGAAUGACACUCUCUCCUCUCCUAGUAGCUCAGAUGACCUCCAUUGUGACGAUCUAGAUAUCCGACAGACUCGUGGACAGCUCAUGGAUAAGCUUCAGCGGCGUAAUGCCUACAUCACGCAGCUAGAAGAUUCGAUGAAGAUGCUUGAGUUCCUUAAGCAGGACCUGUCUAGUAAGACGAAAGAGCUCAAUAUGGCCCAUGAAGCCACGUUCAAGGCCAAUUAUAGAAAGGAAGAGCUGGAAAAAUACCUCUACAAACUGACAGGUGUCGAUAUGCGCUCACCUCAGCGACAGAAAAACAAGCCAUACACAGAAGCUGAUUUUGCAGAAUUAUCGGACAAUUCACUACUUCAAAGCUUCUUAUCUGGCGAGGCGCGGUCAGCUACGCCAGACAAGGUCAACACUCAACCACUAUCGGGCCAGACCCCGACCAAUCUUUUUACUAAACGUUCAAUAUUUGAGCCAAAAGAUCUGUUAAUUGAUAAGCUAAACGGUGAUAUAAAGAUUUUAGAAUCUAUGCUGAGCGGAGACAAGGAGGCCGUGUACGCUGAAUUGCGCCGCUAUCGCGCUAAUGAGCUUCAACAUAGACGCAAGAUACUAACGUACAAACGCUUCUUGGAAUUUGAUCACGGAAAGAGAGGCAGAGAACAUCCUAUGACCGGUUUUGAAACGCGAGCAACACCUUUGGCCAUUGACAAGCAACUAGACAUGCUCUACUGGAUAAGGAAGGCACUGUUAAAAACAUUUGGAAUAAAAAUAAAAGACUCAGACAGUGAACAGACGAUAUUAAAGCGUCUUGACAGAACAAUAGCUGAAAACUACAUCAAUCCGGAGCCGCAGGAGUUCAAUAGUUCAUUUGACAGUGAUGGAUCCAUAGACUGGGAGGGGGAUAUUGCUGCAGAGAAGCGGCUCCAGCUCAAUCCCUUACUUGAUCCCAGUAUGUACAGCAAAGGAAGCACUGCUUCUAGAAGUGCUUCAAUGCGGACUCCUGGUCGUGGAUGGAUGCCUAACCUUAAUAGUAUGUCUAACAGGUCAACUGUACAUCGGAACUCAACACUAGCAGAUCCUUCUCAACCAGACUUGCAUGAUACUCCAAUUCGCUUUCAAUCUACGUCUUAUGGUCCGGACACUAUGCAGAAUGGAGGCGGAUACUAUGACGAGUUUGGCAAUUUCCUUGGUACAGACAUCUUUUGUCCCCAUUGUGGCAAAUAUGUGGACGCUACGGCCAUUACAUACAGUAUAGAUGAUGGAGAGGAGGCAGAAGUGGACGAGAAUGAGCAUAUGAACCUUGCUUCUGCAGCGCAUAAAGGCAGCACUGACAAGCGAUCCAGUGUCCAGGGUGAAACACCUUUUGUUACCCCUUCGGGUUCGAGAAAGCGUAGUAUUUAUGACAAAACAACCAGCUUUACAGAUAAGUCUCGCCGCAAUUCCUCUCAGCAUGCGCCGCAUGGCCGCACCUUCAAAGGUUAUAUUCGCGAUCCAUCUAUUGGUUCUCCUUCACCAGCAAUUUCAAUGCGUGUGCGCUUCGGUGACAAUUUAGCCUCUACUAUCUCGAUGGAUCCCCUGACAAUACCGCAACUGAAGUCGUCUCAACCACAGAUGAACAUAGUCUUGGCCCCAGACGUCACGCAAAUCUAUACCCAUCUAUCCACCUCUGAUAGGCAGCAGUUUGAGCACGCCUUAUUCAAGCAGAAUAUAGCCAGGAAGGGCAAUCCGAACCUUUGCCAGGAAAUAGACAAAGACCUGACACCACUCUUGGUGUCGUCUCUUGCACCGCGGGAAGUAGAUAGGAUCCUUUCCAUUCCCUGUGCUGACCCAGAUACGCCUACCAGAUUCAAGUAUGAUAGUAGCCUUGAUGAUUCAUUUAUUAAUUACAUAGAGUAUUCAGAUAAUUCUAUACACGAUUUAGAGUUUUCAGAUGCCCACGAUCCAGACCUAUUCAAUUAUCUAUACAAUCAGAGUGCUAAAGUGAUAAGCGAUAAGGUCACGGUUCAAGUGGGUGACGAUAUUGCUAAGUCGUGCAAACAAUCAGAAGUUGCUGUUCCAAUUAUUACUGAGGGCAACAAGGACGAAGCCUUCACACCACUAAGUCUCAGAAAUAGCACUGCCUCCGAUGGAUUUAUUGCCAUGAGUGGGAAUUCUCAUCACAUUCCUAUCUACAAUCCUGCAGAGCUAUUUAAUACCCUAUUAUUGACAGAUUCGUUUAGAGCAUUCAUUGAGUCGCGUAGCUUGGAUCCACGGGUUGUUUGCGCUAAGGAUGUACAAGCCUAUAUAGCGGCUAAAAGAAUCCUUGAUGUAACUUCUUUCUACACGUCUUACUGCAAGGAUACUCAAGCGAUUGCUGACUUCGCCAUUCUUCCUGAGCUUUCCGAAGAGCCUCAAGAGCUUGAUCUGAGCUUCUCCUCAGAUGAGUUUUAUGUUGACAUUUCCACACACCCUGAUGGAGGUACAGAGGGUUGCUUUUUAGUUUCAAGGAAAACUAACACAUAUGAGCAGCAUCAAGACACCGUCGUAAUGCGGCAGCUGAAGCGCCCUUUCUCACAUGCCGGGCAUAUCCACACGAGAGCUUCUGAUGUUGAGGAGGUAUGUCUUGAUCCCUUAUCUCCAAUGCAGAAUAAGCCUAACCUGGAACCUCGUCCAUCCUCCAGUCCUUGCUGUGGCUAUGUUACAGUUAACGGUAUAGAUUUACAGCUCUCAAGGUCUAAAACCCAAAUCGUUGAUGAACAGCCUACAUACACAGCAUCUAGUCAUGAAUAUUCUAUUCGAAGCAGAGAGAUUUUGAAGCGAUAUUUACCAAUGAUUUAUGAAGCUAACAACGGAGAGCCAUCGUCUCUGAAUACUGCUUCGUACAAUGGUAAUGGUAUCAUGAAUAACAUUAAGGUUCGGCCACUGUGCAAGAAUGUGGUGCAAGUCAUUUCACGCGAUCGUGCUGAAAGAUUCCAAGAGUAUCUUUUAAAUGAAGUUAAAGAGUUUAAGCUCAACAGAGCAGUUAGGCUCUUCAUUCAGGAGCAGGUUCUGGAGCAUCUUGUGUCCCUUAAGAGAGAUCUUCAAAGAAGUCGCACAAGAGAACGCCUCAUGCGAAACAAACGUCGAGUGUUGGCGGCAAAGAAGGCACUAUUCGUUAAAUACCUACAGAAAAAUGGUCCAGGCAAUCUUAUUAGCUCCCUGGACACGUUAGAAAGUUAUGCAUCUCGUCUCAAGGAAAAAGUUGAAUAUGUUCCUGUAUCAGUAGCAGCUAGCUGCACAGAUGGCUGGAUUGUUAAUUUGGACAUGUCAACCCUGAUUAAUAGAGCAGAGCCCGGUUCUGUGUGUGCAUCAAGGGGAGCCUCAGAAGAUCGCAAGUCAAGAACCAAUGAACUGAGCUAUCUGGUCAAUCUAGUGGGCCCAGACCAAUCUGUUUGCUCCACCGAACAGCCGCAACCUGCUGUAGGCACAGAGCAGCAAGAUGACAUCAAUGUAGAUAAGAGAAUUGCAGUUGAAAAGGAGCUUGAAGAUCUAGACAAGACUGCUACUCUCGCACACCAGCUUUUAGAGCAAAUCAAAACAGAAAUACAGAAGGCUGUCAAUCUGAUUAAUAAGGGAAUUCAAUCGCCCCAAGGGCUUGUUGAUGAGGAAGAUUUCGACAAAUAUGCUUCAGAACGGACGCGAAAGAAGGAGGAGGUAGCAAUUGAAAUAGCAAACACUCUUCUUAAGAAGAGUGGCCUUACAGCCAACGGCUUUCUCUUUACAAAUUUGCCACUGAAGCCAGCAGAUAUACGGAACAUAGAUGACGUAUACCAGCGUCUUUACGACGAGGCUGCAAUUAUAAACGAGAAGAUGAAUAGUCGACGGAUCCAAUGUAUGCAAAAGCUGAGUGACCACUAUAGUAGACUUCAUGACUCUAUUACGCGUCCUUCAGAGAUAACUGAAUUUUUACGAAUAAAAUACUAUGGCCGUGAAGAACCUGUCUCACGAUAUAACUACCACCAUCACGGCAUGUUUAUGAAUUCUCUGAAUAAGUCCCUCCACGGUCUAACGAUUUCCAAGCGUCCUCUCAAUGGUGGGUUGACAACCAGCGAGCUUGAAUUGCUUGAGCGUACAAAUGUCCUUGAAAGAGGAAUACAAAUUAAUGAAAAAACUUCCAAUAUAAUCAACGUUAUUUUUGGCAAUCUUUAUAGAUCAAAGUCGACCGGAAAUCGUGACCCUGAGACAGGUCAAAAGAGUCUCAUGAUGGGACCCGGCAAGUUCAUUAGUUGGCAAGAAGCAAACGCAGAGCUGCAGGAAAUCAUUAAUAUAAAUAAUAGGUAUUCCUUGAGUGCUCGGGGCUAUCACUCCAUGGAGCUAGUGACACCAGCCAAUUUAGGCACCAUAGGCCGCAGUGCCAUUGAGCUUCCGCCUAAUUUAACAGAUGAGCAACUACAACAGAUUGCCACUGAGGGAAAUUGCUGCCUUGUUGCUGAUGUGGAUGCAAAUCAAGAUUCUAAACUGGAUGGAGCACAUGAAAUGUGCUCAACUUGCGAUGCUGAUCCGCCUACGGCCAUGCCUCUCAACAGUUCAUUAAUUAACGAGACCAAUAGCUCUCAACAUAAAUCGCAUUCUGGCCCUACUCAGGACUACGGGUCCAGCAUUAACAACUUAUCAACACUUUACGAAAAGGAUGACUCUGCUCGAGCUAGUAACACCAACAAUAACUCUGAAAGUCGUCCUGCUUCCAGCUCUCUGUUCACCGCCAUAACUCCUUUAACUUCUACUGUUGAGUGUCUUGACCAAACAGCACAAUAUGCAGACCUCUCUAAUCUUCCUACUACACGAUCUAUAGACAAGUUGCUGCCAUCUUCCUUCUCAACCCCGGUGCAGCGGCAGCUGAUUACACAGAGGGUCAACUUAACCCCUACCCUUGAGACUACGCCAGUAAUCCCACUUGACACACCAAAAAAGGGAAAAAGCCAAGGCCUUUCGUCCAGAAAAAUUAUUCAAGCUAUUCAAGCCAACAUCAAGCCACCGUCUACCAACAGGGAUGGUUAUGAGAGGAGUAGGGAGCUAGACAGGCGAAAAGACAUUUCGGGAAUGAAGUUUAUGAUUAACACAGUCUCAUUAGAUCGGGUGGUUCCUUCCAAGACCAGCAGUCGGCCUACACCUUCUGCCGUGUUCCAAAGAUCUGCAUCAUCCAGAGCUAACGCCCAGAAUAACUCCCAAGUCAAUGCGCAAACCACUAUCCGAACAAACUCAUCUUAUCAGACCCCACUUCCAUCACUGGUGACGCCCACUACUCUGCAAGAUACUACAGCUCCUGUGGUUGCUCUGAGUGCAAACUCUACAGAGAGCCGUAUAAGCAACAGACCUCACUCAUCUAUCGGCAAAUCUACGAUACAUGAAGAGCUUGUACCGCUAAACCGGAUUACACGGUCACAGAGCACUACAGAGAAGUCAUUGGAAUUAUCAGAUCUUCAACCUCCCUCCUGUCUACCGUCUAUAGGCUCUCAUCGAGGUACUCGUAAUGCUGCUACAUCGGAUCCACAAAGGGGGUCGGGACACACAUCUAACGAUCUAGGAAACGCCUUCGAGCGUGUAGAAUUGGGAGGGCUUGUAUAG